AUGUCCCGCCCCGAGGACACCCUCGCAGCCGACGUGCACUACGAUGACGUCGAAGCCCGCAAAUACACCACCAGCUCGCGGAUCCAAAACAUCCAGGCCUCCAUGACCCGCCGGGCCCUCCAGCUCCUGGACCUCAAGUCGCCCUCGCUCAUCCUCGACGUCGGCUGCGGCAGCGGUCUCUCGGGCGAGAUCCUGUCCGCCACGGACCCCCGAGACGGCGGCCCCCACGCCUGGAUCGGCAUGGACGUCUCGCCCUCCAUGCUGGACAUCGCCCUGCAGCGCGACGUCCAGGGCGACCUGCUGCUCGCCGACAUAGGCCAGGGCGUGCCGUUCCGCGCGGGCACAUUCGACGCCGCCGUCAGCAUCUCGGCCAUCCAGUGGCUCUGCAGCGCCGAGAGCAGCGACGUCUCCCCCGCCGGCAGGCUGGCGCGCUUCUUCAACGGCCUCUACGCCUCCCUCAGGAGGGGCGGCCGCGCCGUCUGCCAGUUCUACCCCAAGAACGACCUCCAGAGGAACAUGAUCACCCAGGCCGCCGUCAAGGCCGGCUUCGGCGCCGGCAUCCUCGAGGACGACCCCGGCACCAAGAACGUCAAGCUGUACCUCGUCCUCACGGUGGGCAGCGCCGCCGCCGCCGCCGCCGCAGGAGGCGCACCCGGCGACAUCACCGGCGUCGUGGCCGGCCUGGACGACGUCGACAUCGUGGACGCGCGGACCAAGCUCAGGGCCAGAAGGACCGCCGCGCCCUUGAAAAAGGGCACCAAGGCCUGGAUCGUCAGGAAAAAGGAGCAGCUCGAAAGGAAGGGCAAGGUCGUCAAGGCUUCCUCCAAGUACACGGGACGAAAGCGCCGUCCUGCUUUUUAG